AUGACCUCUCAGCAACCUCGCAACGGCAACUCAGCCUCCAACCGAUCUCCGUCCAACAGCACAGCCCAGGACCCGGCCAUGCUCUCCAGGUUCCUGUAUGACAGAACCAGCCUGUCCGAUCGCCUAGUAGCGAGAUCGUUCAAUGCCGCAACUCAAAACCGCCCCAAUGGGCAUGAGGCGAGCGCAUCUGAGCUGGAGUAUUACAUGUCGCAGAGCAUGAACAAUGCAGAUGCCACUGCAAACCCAAGUACGAGUGCAAAUACGCAGGCAGGCAGGGCGACUGGGAGAUGA